UCGUAACUCUAUCAACUCUACCAACCACUGCCAGGUUUUCUCCAUAUAUACUUUAGUUCCCUCUAUAGAGCCUCUUUCAGCAUAUAAAGAGGGGCGGCAAGCCCACAUGUUGGACCCUCCAGUGAAAAAUGUUUCACUCGUACUCCAUUUUGAGGUACAGGAGUACUUUUUGACUAAAAUAUGAGCUAAAGGGGAAGAAUAACUUAACUACACAGGAAAUAAUUGAUUAUGAAAUACCGCACCAACAGUGACUUAAAAUUUUGAGGAAAAUUGACACAAAUUAAUUGACAAAUAUAAUUAACUCAAUUUAAUUAAAAUUUCAAAUUUGCAAAAUGUUUUGAGUAAAGAUUUACUUGAGUAAAUUUGCUAAUAAAUUAAAAUUCCCAUGAUCAAACCUUUGAGCUGUGGAUGAAAAAAAGAGUUAUUAUGUCUGAAAGGCUAAAAGGCUAAAACUCCCGAAAUUUUCUGGGAGUGGUCCCUGCAAAACCACUACAAAUUUGCACUUUUCUAGUUCACCUCCUACCCGUUAUAGGCGGUAUCUUUACCUUGGUGCUUCUCCCACCUCAAUGACGAAUCCUUCAGUAAAAAGGCCUUGAAUUAAUCCUGUAUAGUGACAUACUACCGAGACCCCCCACUGGUCUUCUAGAGGCAUAGGCUUAUAGCAAUUAAAACAAUUUAGAACUGUCAAAGCUGUACGAAUCGGACUACUAUAAAAAUUUGAAUGGCUUUAUAUUUAAGACUUAAGAACCUAAUGGCUAAUAUAUCUAUCACGCUUAAUUAAACAAAAUAAUUAGUUUGCUUACAAAUAGGAAUGUUAUUACUGAGGGUCUGCUCCUCAGGGAACAAGUGAACGAGCCACAUAUGGAAACACAGGAACAAGUUCAAAAAGUGGUAGGGUAUAAGGGGAAGACAAGGGAACAUGAUGAAAUCUUUGUGGGGAACAAUGGAACGCAGGAACAAUUUCCAAAGGAACACAGGAAAACGGUCCCUGCCCUGAAAGAUCCUUAUUACUUAAGUUGAGUAAGUUAAUAUUGAGUAUAUAUCUCCAAAAGCUUGAGUUAAAUUAUGAUAAUGCAUUGCUUUGCCUUACCUCAUUUACUCCACGCAAUCACAGAAUAAAGAUCAGUAACAGAAGGGCCAUUCAGCGGUGCAACGUGUCCUUGUUUUUUUUAUGCAAAAAUAUGCAGUUUACUGGCCAGAAGGCGGAGCAGCCAGUCAGUACAGCGUGUUUAUUGGCCAGAAAAUGUCGUUGACUGGCUAGGAAAAUGGCGACCAACAUGCGUAAUGCGACAUGUGCGAGGACAGAAACUUCAAAGCUUCCGACGUAAGUGGCCCUUCUGUAUGGAUCUUUAUUCUAUGACCCAAUGAAAGACUUGCGGAAAGUAAUUUAAUCUGCUAAAGUAGCGAAGAAGAUUUGUUCGUGCUGGCUACGCUUUGCCAUUUAUGCCGGAAAAUUUAAAAGUAAACUAAAUAUAACAAAACAAUACUUAAAAAUAUUAUAAUUUUUACAUUGUUUCCGUUCACAAAAUCUCCGAUGGCAAUGGUCAAUAUAAUCAAGACAGGGCAUAAACAGUAUGCCAAAUCUAUAAUUUUAAUUAUUAUAUUAAAUAGCUGCAUGCAUAACAUGUAUAAAUUAGUUCAUGGGCAAAAGUAGAGGGGAAAAUCACUCCUAAAAAGUGUACGAUAUUUUUUGUGAUAUUUUUGUGAUUUCUGUUAUUUGCGAUAAUUAUAUUUACUUUUUUGUGAUUUUUGAAUUUUUUUGUGAUUUUCUGAAGAUGUGGUUACGUGAUUAAAUUAAUAAUCGGUGACUUGCCCCUUGGGCGAAAUACUUAUUAAUGAGUUGUUAUCGACAAAUGGGAUUUUUUGAAUAACUAUCAAAGUUCAGAUAUGGCUUGAUAACAUAUAACGUCUACGCCAGUCAAAACAAGAUAGAAAUAUCACAUAAAACACGAUACACACAACAUACGAUAUACAUUUUCUUGACAAGUUUAUCUUUGUAGCAACCUUUCACACUACAAUUAAAUAUAUGAACUUUUCUACAUUAAUUAAAGCCUAUAUCAAUUUAAGUAAUUUGGAAAAUGGCCUAAUAUGAACACUUGUAAUGAGUGUUCCUACUACAGUGAAAGAUAAGUUCAUCACACGCAUGCACCCCCUACAGAUAGUUCACACCACUGAUCUGUAAACUACAGAACUGGAUCCAUCGGGCACAAAUGAAAUCAAUGGCUGUGGUGUUGCUGACAUGUUAUAGAAGAGGUUCCAAAAUUUUCUAGUUGUUGAUGGGAAAGGAGACUAAAUGCUGUUUAGAUCAAUAUUGGCCAGUAAGCAAUGAUCUCUCUUUCUUAUUAAGGUUACAGAACACCUUUGAGUGUUAAUUUUGCCUAAAAUUUUUUUAUUGGUUUCCAUGAAAGCAUUAGACUAGUUCUACUAUCUGACCAAGUUUGGACGAAAAAUGUUGAAAACUCGCAGAGUUAUUUAAUAAAAUACAUUUCGCUUGCAAUAAGAAAAACAUUGAAAAUGUAAUAUUCAAAUUCAAUUUUCUCCCGAAGAAUUUUACGACAAUUACUGAUUUUUAAACGAGUUGCGCUCCUGCGGGUUUUAACGAAUUUUUCUCUAAUUUUCACAGGAUAUAACUAAAGACGUCCUUUUCAAAAUAGUAUUCGGUUUUGUUCUAAUUUUGCAUAUUUUAAUUAUAAGAAGAUAUUCAUACAAACGAUUCAGAAAUAUAUUAAUUGCAGUCGUAAAAGAAAAUCAAACAAAAAUUUCCGAACACAAUUUUUUGGAACAACUAUUUUACUGUAUAAAAACAACUAUUUUACUGUAUCUUAAAACCAGCAGGAACAUAACUCAAAAGCGUAAAGGUACCGCGACUUAAGAUUUUCCUGAAUAAUUCUUACAUUAUUUUACUGUUUGCCAAUUUUACAACUUUAUCAUAUUUUGCAUGCACUGGCUAACAUUUGGUGAAAAUUUGAUGAAAAUCGGACAGAUUUUGAGCGCGCAGUAGCGAUUUUCCACAAAACGCCAAAAAGGGUGUCCUGUAACCUUAACUUAACUAAUGACGUUACACGUAAGUAUGAGUCAUCUAUGGCUCAGUGCACAUAUAUAGUGUUCAAAAUUUUCUAAAACUCAUUUAGAAAAAGUAUAGUAAGCUUAUAAAGUCACAUGGCACAUUUGCUUCAUAGUUAGUAUAAUUAAUUUCAACACGAAACGAUUCAACUGAAGUUUAAAGGUCUGGUGCAUGGUAUCUGGAUAUUAACACAUUUAAAAAAUCUCUCUUCAUUAGAAAUAUUCUGGCUUCGAAAUUGACUCAUUGAAUUCAUAAGGAUGCUUGUGAAAUGCACUAGUCAAUUGAAACCCCCCCCCCCGACCCCGGGAUAAGGCGGGGAAAUUAACAUUUUGACAAUGUUAAAUUUUGGUAAUUUCCCAGCUAACGGGUGGACGUUGACUGUUAAAGUUACCGCUCAUGUGGCCCCGGCACUUUGCAAAUUUUCAUGACUUGGAAAAUGGGAAAUCGUUGAAGUAUAAAAUGUUCACAACAUGUGAAGGCAAUUCUUGAUCUUAAACUUUAAUCCGCAUCAAAAGAUACUGAGUAAUCUACGUUUCGACUAUCUUGCAGUCAUCAUCAGGAAUAUAUAAAAAGUGAAAAUAUUUUUCUUAUUUUUUUAAAGAAAACUACGAGGAAACAAUUCUCUAAUUUCGAAGACUCCGAUAUGUUGCCACGAGGAGGUUCCAGUCCACUUUCAUAUCAGCCCGCGUUAAAGUCCCGGCUGUUGUCACGGCUAAUAAAUUGACUUGUUAUUUACCUUGUACCCCAGGGGAAAUGGUGCAUUAAGACCGCGUUAAUCCACGGCUAUUCACUCGUUAAUUCCCCGCCAUGUCCCGGGGGUCGUGGGGGGGGGGGGCAGGGUUUCAAUUAACUAGUGCAUAACAUGUUUAAAUACUUUGCUAAGCAUUAUUUGACCUUUUUGACAAUUUAAAUUGGACAAAUUAUUUGGUAAACAAGUGCUCUUCUAAAAACCUCUUCAAGAAACCUUAACAAGUACUCUUCUAGAAACCUUUUUAUAAUUGAACUAAAUGCUCUGCAUAUUAAAUAGAUUAAUAUAUAAUUAAUGUAAUUUGCAUGCAAAUAUGGUUUGCUUGUUAAUAGCUCACGAAUGUCCUUCUACGUCGUAUAGAAGAUAAAUGUGUCAUAUAAAUGGAAAACGCUAACACGUUUUCUUUGAUAACCCUAAUAAGAUAAUUGUCAUUGCCCGAGAAAGUGACAAGCAUGCAGUGAUAAUUUUAGUUGACAAGCACAACAAUGCUUGUUAAAAGCCGGCUGUUAAUUGUUGAAGAAGGAAUCCUGUCAGUAAAACUUCUAUGACUAAUGAAAACAAUUGCAUUUAUUCCCAUCUAGGGUGUUCGCUAUCACUGAUUAGCCUUUUGCACUGGAAUACAUCUUGGUUGAGUAAACGGUAUUAAUUAACUACCUCCUAGAGCUAGAAAAAGAUUACAUGAUACAAGAAGAAUAUUAUGUAUUCCUUUUAGUCUUCCAAUGUUUCAGUGAUUCAAUGCUUAUUUUUACUCCUUUGGUUUGAAUCCCAUUGGAGUAAACUUUGGAAUACAUACGGAAUUGUUGAAAUGUAACUCCUUUAAUUUGGUUAUAGUAAGUUAGUAUGUUGGGGUGUGCUAAACAUCCUUACUUGCAGCUGAAAGAUCAACUUGACCAUAUAGCCUGCGUAGCGCACGUUUAUAUGUAGCGCUCCGCAAGCAAAUGAAAGCCUGCAACCACUGGAAAGUGCUAUGUUGAACAGAGCACAGCUAUAGCUAUAUACACCAUAUGCGGUGGCCCGACGAGUCAAUUAGGGGGUAAACCCAACUCAACCUGUCUUCAUUCCCCAUGUAUGGCCAUGGAAGGAAACUGGAGGGCCGGAGAAAACCCACGACGUACUUUCAGUAGAGCGUGGACUUGUGUCCGUCAUGCGAAUCGGAAUACACGAUUUCACGAUUGUGCCACUGAAGGCCAUCAUUUGUGCUCUUUGGAGUAUCAAUUUAACUCCAAACGCCUUGAAAUCAACCAAGGGGUAAAUUUCUCUGAAAAUCUUCGUACACUUCAUCAAAAAUAAAAAAAAUCUUUGCCGGAAAAAUCCCAAAAUCUUACUAAAUCCUAGAAUCCCAAAAUCCCAAGAAAUAUCUAAAAAUUGCAUAAAAUACUUGGAGAAAAUCCAAUAAAAUUCUCAAAAUUAUUGUAAUAUUUAAAUAUCAAAGUUAAAAUUUAAAUCGUGAAUUCGCGUGAUUUACUUCAAUGGUUUACUUCGUUUAGAAGUUCGAUGGACAAUAUAUCGCAAAAAAUUGCGGAAAAAGUUGGGCGAAAAAUAAUUAAGGGAAAAUAUUCCGAAAAGAAUCUGAAAAAAUCAGAAAAUCCCUUAAUUUUUGGAAUAAAAUACCAGAAUCAGCAGAAAAAUUGCCGGAAUUUUCUAAUCCAAAAAAUCUUCGUACGCUCUUUUCGGAGUAACUUACCCCUCGAAAUCUAUACUUAAAAGUCUAGAUGUCCAUUUUUAACUAUUCUUAACUACUUUUAUGAAUAACUAUUUUCACAAAUAAUGAUGUAAAGUUAAAUUUAAUAUUAAUUAUUUAUUAAUUAUUAUUGUUCUGAGAUGGAGAUUGAAUGCGAGCCAGCUAUGGAACAGAAAUUAACAUAAAGUGUACUUCACUAUGGAGAUUGAAUGCGAGCCAGCUAUGGAACAGAAAUUAACAUAAAGUGCAUAUGUAUACUUCACUCUAGGCUAGGGAAACUGGUAAUAUCGUCAUGUUUGGCGCACGAAUACAUUCCUCGUUGACCUUGACCUCAUUAUAAUUUUAUCCCUGACUAUACAUGAAGAUAAAACCAAGGAAUUCUAGAAUCAGCCAAGACGGCACCUAAUAAGACGCAGUGAUGUCAUACAUGCAUGUGGAAUCGAUGAAUUGAUACAGCAUAAAUCGUAAUUGAAUCAUUGCCGAAAAUGAUAUCAUCCGGACUUGGUCAACCCCUAUUUUACGUCAUUGUCACCACUGCAAUUAAAAUUUCAUCCAACAUUAUAGCGAAAAAGUCUUGACAGUCCUUCGCCUUGGGGCCUCAGUUGAUGCAUAUCAUCAAUGUAUAACGACGAACAGCCAAAACAAACUUCUUGGAAUAAAUCACACUGCAUGUGAGGAAAAGUUGUUGUGUAAUGCUUACAUUAUGGUUAAAACAUUUACUGGGCCAAUUCAUAUAUAGUACAACUUUUCACAGCUUGAAAUGUUUGCGUUGUACAAAGAGACGUGAAAAUUUCUGUUUUGUCGUUGUAAAAAUCGCGCAAGCCAGAGCCUUUUUAAGGAAUUUUCAGUGGGCACACUGGUUCCAAAAAGGAACAAUUUGCGCUGUAAAGGUUUGCCCAAAGGAACGAGCUAGAUUUAUAAGAAGGGGAAGUAAUAACUUUAACUAAUUAACUUUUAAUAUUUUACUGUAACUCAAACUAUAUAUGAUUAAUUAAAUCUCGAUCUCAGAAAUCAAAACGAUUUUUAAGUCGGGAAAAUUAUGAAAAUUUGGGGUCAUAGGAACACCUUUAUCCAUUUAUGGCAGUUCAGAGCAAUGGUUAAGACUACUACUAGUCACCCAGAGACUGGCGGGGGGGGGGGGGGAUCCGACUUCUGCAUGGAGGUAGGCAGCAAUUGCCCAAAUCCCGGCGUGGGGCAUUUAAUUAAGUAUUCAUUUUUUACCACUGAGAUAACGAGAAUCAUUGUAUGGAUAUAGCCGUAAGCGCUGUCGCGUUGCCGCCCUGCUUUAAGGUCUCUACUCUAAACAUACAGUGUAGCAAACAUCCUUCCACCUAGGCUCUACUUUGUUAAUUAUUUUGUCUUGCAUGUGUAAAAAACAGCAGCUUUAUAUAGGAAGACCGGCUGUAAAAAUACAAACAGACUUCGACAUGAGAAUCCCUGAUUACUUUAUUUAGAAAUGUCCUUUAUCCCUAAGGCUAAGCACGGAUUUUCGUUGCCUUGAUGAGAAUCUGCGUGUUAGGGAUCGAAUAAAGCUUUGCGAAAUAAAUAAGCGCGCAUGCAGAAGCGUUUUCCACAAAGAUAUUAGCCUGCGUAGCAGGCGCUAUUUAGGAGGGAGGGCGAGGGUGGGAAAAGCUAUGUAAUAUAUGAACAACGAGAGCGAGUGUUUCACCGGAAUAUCCAAACACGAGAAAAAAAUGUAUGAAAAUACGAGCGCGAAGCGCGAGUGUUUUCAUACAUUGUUUUCGAGUGUUUGGAUAUCCCGUUGAGACACGAGCUCGAGUUGUUUAUAUGGCUUUUCAAAUGAAUCGAGACGUAACAGAAUGUUUUCGUUUGCUGAUUUGAAUAGAAUUCUUAACCAAGCAUAACGUAAUUAGGAAUUCUAUUCAAGUAAUUUUGCAUGCGUAAUUAAGAUAUUUAAUGAAAACACUAGUGACUUUCAUCAAGUAUCCAAAUGGCAUCUUGUGAUCAAAUAGGUGAUUAUCAUUGGCUGAAUUGCUCAUGAAUUAUUAAUGAAUUUGAGAAGUAAUAUAUGAACAACGAGAGCGAGUGUUUCACCGGGAUAUCCAAACACGAGAAAACAAUGUAUGAGAACACGAGCGAGAAGCGCGAGUGUUUUCAUACAUUGUUUUCGAGUGUUUGGAUAUCCCAGUGAGACACGAGCUCGAGUUUGUUUAUAUGGCUUCUCAAAUGAAUCGAGACGCAACAGAAUGUUCUCGUUUGCUGAUUUGAAUAGAAUUCUUAACCAAGCAUAACGUAAUUAGGAAUUCUAUUCAAGUAAUUUUGCAUGCGUAAUUAAGGUAUUUGAUGAAAACACUAGUGACUUUCAUCAAAUAUCUUAAUUACGUAUGCAGCUAAACUCUUCUGGUGCUGUGUCUGACGGUGUUUGACCGCGGUAUCCAAACAGCAUCUUGUGACGGAAUGCUUACAUGCUAUUGGUUUAAUUACUCAUGAAUUAUUAAUGAAUUUGAGAAAUAAUAUUGAAACUCUCAUGCAAUUCAUGUUCUCUUUGACAGGGACAUGAGAUUUGAGAAAACUCUCGUUUCUCAAUUAACUCAUCCUCGUUUAACUGUCCGGAUCUGGAAUGGAAGGGGGGGGGGGAGUGGUGGAAGCGGAAUAUUAAAUAUUGGGUAUUUAUGUAGUUUGAAUACGAAUAUUUAUGUUAGGAAUAUUGAAAAUUGAUAAUCGGAAUAUAAAUAUUCGAAAUAAAAUUUUGAGAAAUAUUGGCCUGGUAUUUUAGGAAUUUUUAAUUGACCAUUUGCGUAAUAGACUAAAUUUUGAUCUCAAAAUUAGUAAUAUUCCAAAGUUUCGUUGCAAAAUGUUGUAAAAUGCGGAAAAUAUAGCCUUGCGAAAUUUGCAGUUUUCAGUCAUUUUAGAUUACAAACCGGAAAUUGACAGCCUCGAAGGGUUUGGGGCUGUCAAUUUCCCGUUUGUAAUCUAAAAUGACUGAAAAUUGCAAAUUUCCCAAGGCUAUAUUUUCCGCAUUUUACAACAUUUUGCAACGAAACUUUGGAAUAUUACUAAUUUUGUGAUGCUCCUUCAAGCUGUGAUGAAAUUUUUGUCUAGACUUGUUUAGUUCAAAAUUUAGUCUAUUACGCAAAUGGUCAAUUGAAAGUAGGAAUAUUGAAUAAUGCAGGUAGGGAUAUUGAAUAAUGGAGUCCUGGGUUCGAUUCUCACACGGAGUCAUGCAUGUGUAAAGCUAGUCUAUCACCGGUCUGAUGAAAGUCGUGGGUUUUCUCCGCGCGCUUCUGUUUCCUCCCACAUGCAGGGAACGUUGACAGGGUGGGUGAGGAUAAACAUAGUAAGGAAAGUAAUAUCACAAUAGACAAUUCCCAUUGCAGACUAAUUUUAAAACUAGGCAUGGAGAUGCAAAUAAAUCACCACAGCUAGAAAGGGCAUACUAAAAUGAGUAAUAUUGCAAAGUUUGGUUGCGAAAUAUUGUAAAAUGCGUAAAAUAUAUAGCCUUGCAAAGUUUGCAAAUUUUGUAUACUUUUGUAUUGCGUGCGGAAAUUGCUACCAUUUUCGGCCCAAAUGUAGUAGUAAUAUCCUCACGCAAUACAAAAGUAUACAAAAUUUGCGAACUUUGCAAGGCUAUAUUUUCCACAUUUUACAACAUUUCGCAACCAAACUUUGCAAUUUUAUUAAUUUUAGUAUGCUCUUUCCGGGAAUAUACUUUUUUGCCAUGAUAAAAAAUUGGUUUAUAAUGGGAAUUGUCUAUUGUUGUAAAAAAUAGUCUAGGAUAAGUUGGUAACAUAAGUAAACGUAAUACUUGCCCCGCGAUGAGGAGUGAGCUGAGUAAUGGAAUGGGAUGGAAUAAAAAUAAAAUAUAUUCCCCAAACAUUUCAGAUGAGGACGAAUGUCAGAUCAACAACGGAGGAUGCCAACAGACAUGUGUCAAUACGGAGGGUUCGUUCGAAUGCCGCUGCAAAUCUGGAAAUACGUUGUCCGUCAACAAGAAAACAUGCGAAGGUGAGUACCUUUACAUCAGUCGAUUUCAGCUUUUUCAGUACUGAUAAAAACUAUCCCAUGGUACCGGUUUCCUGGACCUCCUUCUUUUUAUGCUGACCCUAAUAGGUUUUUUGGAUGUCCUUCUUACCUAUACCGACCCUCUUUUUUUCGUUGCUUGCUUUAUGACACCACGUAACGUCCAUUGCCCACAGUUAUUGUUCUUUGAAAUUUUUAUGUGUUUAUACUUAUGCUAACUGAUUUCAUUCAUAGCCAUUGGCCCAUUGCUGAUCAAUGCGAAGCGAAAAUGUUUUUAAAAAGAAUUAAUAAAAUUUUCCGCUCUACCUACCCUAUUAGUCCUAUUUUUUCAGGAACCACAAGAUAUUUUUAUCAUCAUAGGAUGUUAGGUCUUACCGACCUACGUUUUGUAUGUUUUGCUUAGCCUACACCUGUUAUUCCAUUUAUGCUAAUCCCUUCAGAGCUUGUGCUUUUUUUUUGCUCAUUUACACCACAGAACAUUCACCCUGCAGUGUAAAGAAUGGUGGUUGUGAUCAUACAUGUCUGAUCGUCCAUGAUUAUAAAGAAAGAUGUGAAUGUAAAACUGGUUAUAAACUCCUGUCUGAUGGAAAAUCUUGUGCUGGUAAAGUACGCCAUGUUAAUUUACGAAACGGUUUUGGGGUGCUUGUUUUCGAGUAUCUUCUGGCGAUUUUACUCGCUAAGGGAAGAUCCUUGGUAACGAGUAGUUAAGUCCCAAAGACUGGCGCGAAUGUAGGACUUGCAAUGCUAUUGGAUCAUACACAGUUUAUAUGUACUCGAUAACUCUAUCAGUUCUUAACUGAUCUCCACCAAGGCCCCGGAGUACCUGGAGGAAACCAGCGGUGUUUGGUAGAGUAAAACUGGAAGCUCCCAGACUAAAAAGGUUUGCUUUUGGUGGAAAUCAAUUUCCUGAGCAAAAAUUCUUCAAUUUUUCGAAAAAAUUCAAUGUGGAAAACUGCGCUAAAUUUCCCAAUCUGCAAGUAAAUCCUGGAGAAAUUGCACAAAAAUCCUUUGUAAAUCAACAAGGUUAAUUCAUGCUUCAAUUUCAGAUUUUUCGAUUUGGCAAAAAAUAUUUCCUGCGCAAAAUAAAACAUUUUGGUCUGGAAAAGCUUUCUUCUCAAAUGCGAUUUUUUAUUUAAAUAACUAUAAGCGCCGAAUUUUUUUUUUUGCUCUUCAUUAUUAAAAUUCUAUAUAUAUGAAAUGUAAAUUCGAAAUAUAUGAAUUAAAUGUAAUUAAUAUAAUACUUAAUUAUGUUUCUUUAGAUAUAAACGAGUGCAGUGAUGGUAAUGGUGGCUGUCAACACUAUUGUAGAAAUACAGCUGGCUCUUACAUGUACGCGUUUGUAUUGUCAUCUACAUGAUAUUCAGGGUCCGGUUGAACGAAGGCCGGAUAGUGCGAUUCACAGAAUUUUUCAAGUUUCUUAAAAUUGACCAGUGACUGGGGCAACCCGGACCAAACAUAAGUAUUUACAUAUUAUCGUUUCUUUUUAUUAAUUGCGAGGUCCAUAUACAUGUUUCACAGUUUUUCAGGUGUUUUCAGGAUGGUUGAAUAAUCACUAUACUGCAUGUAGGUAGCGUUCUUCGGCCUAGCAUACAACCAUUUCACAUUAUACAUUAUAUUAUGUAUUUUACAUAAUUUUCUGCAAAUUAUGCCCACAUCGGGCAAGUAGGAAAUUGCUUGAUCAUGCAUGGUGGAAUUUGCAUUAUAUAAUAUUUGUAUUGGGUGAUGGUCCCCAUGUGAUGUCUAUAUUAGACAAGAAGGCUUUUCGUUUUGUGAUAGAUUUGAACAAACUUGUACUGUCUUCUAAUUUAAGGUGUGUUUGUAAAGAAGGCUUUAAAACCAAUAUCAACGACUCCCUCUUGUGUGACGAUGUUGACGAAUGCCAAACGGUGAGUCAUGUGAGAUAUGCAACAGCCUGCUUACUCUAUAUAUGUCGAUUUUAAUCUGUCUAAGGGCCGAAUUUACCCAUUAGUGAAAACCCUAUAAAUAGCACUAUAGGAAGUCUUUAUUAAAUGUUGUUUGUCAAUUUCAUUUUUUACUCAAUAUUAGAAAAUGUCAAAAUGUUCUCAAAAAUGCUUGAAUAUGGAAGGAUCGUACAAAUGCGGAUGCGAAAAUGGUUUUGAGCUUCAGGCUGAUCAAGUGAAUUGUAAAGGUUUGGAUGCUUUUAUUUUAUAUAUCAGUCAAUCGAUCAAUCAAUUUAUCAUUUGAUGAUUCAACCAGUCAAUCAACUUAAGCAUAACAAUAUACCUAACUAUUAUACACAUGUGGGCUCUUUCUUGCAAGAGGCUCUAGAGGUUAACCCGGGCGUGAUUUGAGCCUCUUCAUAUGACCAUAAUGGUUCCGCCUAGCAUUUUUACAGGGUUAAUUGAAGUAUUGUAGUAUACGACACCAAAUAUACUAGCCCUAUAUUGAAUUGCUCCGUGCUUCAAUAGAUUCCAUCUUAUUCGCCAUGGACAAUAGGCUAGUGAAACAAUUCUGAGGAGGACUUGUUGCAAGUCUACAUGCACGGAUAACUUUAUUUCAUGAAUUGAAAUAACCCAGGACAAAAGUUAAAAAAAUUAUUUAGCGCCAACAUUUUAGAAAGAAUUACAAGAAACAAAUGAAAGUUAAAUCACAAAUUUAAAUUCAUUAUUUACAAGUUAAAAUGACUUGAUGUUUCUAGAAGGAGUAACAGUUUUCCUUCUAAAAUUAAUUGAUAGUAUAAUAUUUUUUUUAUUACUAUAAUUUUUUUAUUACUUUCUCUUAUGCUUUCUUUUCCUCGUACAAUGACAUUAGUUUUGCCCGAGUAUUCCAUGGUAUACACUUGGAAUGGAAAAUAUAUAUAUAUAUAUAGGAUAAAUAUAUAAUUGAACUGAUUUACGUGGUGUAUAUAUUGGUUCAAUUUAGCUAUUCCAACAACCUCGCCGUUGACGAGAAGUUUUGGAAGCGGUGAUAGGACAACUGAAGGUCAAGGAGAACUGGAGAUUGAAAAUUCUACUGAUAAGUCUGUUCCACGUAAGUACUAUUUGCUUGUUUUGUAGUCACGACAGAGCAUUCGUUAUGCUUCGUCUCUCUUAGUUACAAACACACGACAAAUUAUUCACACAAACUAAUUCCUAAAAUAGAGCAAUCGUUUAAAGACCUAUCAUCCUUCUUUGUGUGAUUUAUGAUCGCAUGGAUUCAAACCUUUUUGACGUGUAAGUGAAAGAAAGUUUCGAUUUAACCGAGUUCUGUGAAUGAAGGAUGGAACUUGAUAAACGUGAUUCUUGAAUCGUUCGUUUUGCUUGAACAGUUUUUCCAGGAUUAAAUAGAGAAUUCCUGUUCUCUUCGUUGUUAGCCUUGCGACUAAGACGUCGACCUUCGAACAGUUCAGCACCGGAAUAGCAAGUACUAGGCCUAUUAUAAUUCGAUGUACUACUAGCGAUGUACUACUAGCGAUGUAGUACUAGCGAUGUAGUACUAGCGAUGUAGUACUAGCGAUGUAGUACUAGCGAUGUAGUACUAGCGAUGUAGUACUAGCGAUGUAGUACUAGCGAUGUACUACUAGCGAUGUAGUACUAGCGAUGUACUACUAGCGAUGUACUACUAGCGAUGUACUACUAGCGAUGUACUACUAGCGAUGUACUACUAGCGAUGUACUACUAGCGAUGUACUACUAGCGAUGUACUACUAGCGAUGUACUACUAGCGAUGUACUACUAGCGAUGUACUACUAGCGAUGAUUGAAAUUUCAAGUUUACAUUCGAUUCGAGAUUUUGAGGAUUCGGACGUGCAGUUGUAGGAGCGACACUCACAUAAUAUGGUAGUAUAGUAAUAAUAUUUAAUCAGUAGAUUUUUAAAAAAGGACCUGAACCUAUAUAUUAAACUACAAUAAGCUGAUAUAAUAAAAUUAAACAAGAUAAAACAAUAGAAUAGAUAGUGGUCUGACUAAUAUCUACUACAUAGUUACAUUAAGAAUUACUCUAAUUUUAGGAAUUUAUAAAGAUUACUUCUCUUAAAUCAUGCGUUUAAUUCUCGGUGCGGAAUCAGUCAAGACAUGUGAAAAUUGUCAAUCAACACUGAACGCUGUGCUGACAAUGCUGCGUUUACCCUAUGUACGUCGGUUUAGGCCAUAUAUGUAUUAAAAUUUAGGACUUCAUGUUAGAGCAACAAAAAUACCAGACAGUUGAGGUGAUUAUCAAUUUUUGAAAAGUCUGAUUUGACAAGACCUAUUCCCUUCACCAGAUCACCUAAUUCUUCUUGUUGCUGUUCAAACUGGCAACAUAUAACUCCAACGACAAAUUUGUCCUUAUAGGUUGCCCGUCUGGUUUGUUUGGUCCCGGAUGUGCACUGACCUGCGCAGAUUGUCUGAAUGGAGCAUAUUGUGACCUCAAGAACGGCACUUGCGUAUGCGCACCGGGAUACGUCGGUGAAUUUUGUGCCAGCCGUAAGUAUCUCUGAUUUUCUAUGUGAUGUUUAUCAACAGGUAGAGUAGUGGACCAGAUAUAAAGGACAGGAACUCGCCACCAAUCAAUGUUGGCCUAUAACCCAACAAGCUGAGCAGAAAGCCGGCAUGGAAGACCCGCAAAAGUCGUUUGUGUUUGCGAACGUAUAUGUAGUUCUGUAAAAUGUAACGCCCGUCCAACUCGUAUUCUUGAAAAAUCUUAGGCUUGUUUCAAACGUCGCGUAGCAUGGCCUUUAUUAAUGGUUACGAUCUAGAUCUUUAUUGAGAUUUUUGGCAUUUCACUCGAUACGACUAACAGUUGAAGGAUUAUUAUAGAUAGAAAUUUCGAGCGGAGAUAAUAUACAUUAUUUUUUAUCAGUGAAAAUGAAGCAAUCUGAUUGGCUGAGGAGCCUUUCAGAGCGGGCCGGUUUUUUGCAUCCGGCCCGCUCUGAAACGCAACUGCCCGCUGUGAAAUGCAACUGCCCGCUCUGGUUUUCGCGCCAAAAACCGAGGAGUGAAACAAUUUUUAAACGAAAGAAUCUGCCAGUUCGCAAGCAACACUGGAAUUUUAAUGAAUUUAAUUUUUCAUCUGAUAAAAAAUAAACACGUUAUUUACCGGCAGCGUCGAUCCGGAUGAGAAAAACUGUGCCCUCGGUCUUGAAAACGUCCCUCGCCCUUCGGGCUCGGGCCGUUUUCAAGACCUCGGGCACAGUUUUUCUCAUCCGGACCUCGCAGCCGGUAAAUAACAUAUAUACCGGGUGGCCCCCAAAAAAGUACUCCUGUUUGAUUCGUAAUAACUUCUAAACAAGUAAAGUUUUUAAAGAGAAAUAACUUGCAUUAAAUAGAGGAAGGACUAACUUAGAUUUUGAUAUAUUACAGUUGUAUUUAACGUAAAAAUUCACGGAUAUAUUAAUGUUAAAAAUGGGGAGCAUGUUUUGGAAUGUGUCUAAAAUUAGCGAAAAUCGGCAUAUCAAAUAUUAACUCCAGCGUUUGUUUGCUUAAUGACAUAUUAGGCUAACUUGUAUUUCAGCGAAUUAUCGUUAAGGUUUGUAAGGGAUAUGGCGUAGAUUUAGACAUCUUACAUGUAAGUCUUAGCUCAUUGUUUCCUGAAAUAUGAACGUUCGAAAUUUUGCAAGUAUUUAAUAUUAGGUCUUUGCAAACUUAAAUGUACAUGAAAAACUGACCAUGGAAGGCAGGCGCUUAAAUUUUUCGUAUUCUUAAAUAGCCUAAUUUUUUUAUGUUUUUAAUGGGUUCAAACAAACUGAGUAGAUUAUUUCUCGGUUAGAGCAGGAUGAAUAUUCUUUUUUUGAAGGAAAUAAUAUUGCUUUUUGCAAAUACACAUCACCGUAUCAACGCUACUAUUUUGUUACGUUUUGUUCCAAAAAUGUUGCAUGUCUCUGGGGAGUUGCUUAAUUGUUAUGUCUUAUGGAGUUGUAUGGUUUGAUUGUGUUUCAUAUAAUUCUCAGUUUACUCCAUGAACUUGCCAAGAUUAAGAAACGGCAAAAGAGUUUGGGUGUUCUUAACAAGAUUUCAGAACGUUGCAGAAGUUAGAAGAGCUUCACAAUUCCGUUGUGACAGCAUGCCCUAAUUCAGAACUACGAACGAUCCAAUGACGAUCCUUCGCGAUGCAGUGGUCUCAUGAAAUAAGGAAACGUAUUCGUGCUAGGAACACACGCGAAUUUCGGACGAAUGAAUCUUGCUUGUAUUUUGUAGACAUAAUAAUACUUUGUUUCAUAAUAAACAAUUUGUCAAGUGUCAUUUAUUUACUGGUAAUAGUGCAUGUUUCAGUCGGGCAAAUCUUGAUUAAUAUUUGAUACGCCGAUUUUUGCAUAUUUCAGACACAUCCAGAAAUACCCUCCCGAAUUUAAAGAUUAAUAUCUCCGUGAAUUUUUAAGUGAAAUACAACUGUAAUAUAUCAAAGUCUAAGUUAGUCCUUCCUCUAUUUGAUGCAAGUUAUUUCUCUUUAAAAGCUAUAGUUGUUUAGAUGUUAUUACGAAUCAAACAGGAGUACUUUUUUUUGGGCCACCCGGUAUUUCAGAUGGAAAUUUCCAGCGCCCGACUACACACAAUUGUAGACCUAUACCAGGAGCAGUUGCGAAAAAUACGGCAAUUAUAGGCCCUGCGAUUCUGGUGCAACGCUCUAUAACUGAGCUCCAGUGACCAGUUGUCGAGCUCUAACCACAAUUUCUUGUAGCAUGCCUGUAUAUUUAGUUUUUUUGCAGGGGCCGGUUGUAUAAAACUCUUAAUCACUUUUUUAAUCACUAUUUUGUAGUUAAUUAGUGAUUAACUCUCAAAUAGGCGCUUCUUAUUGGAUGACGUUUCCACUUAAUCAUAAUUAACUUUAAUCACUUUUUUAUACAACGGCCCCAGAUAGCAAAAAAAUAUUUUCAGUUAGCAAAUUGCGACAGGGGACCAGGCACCGAAGAAAUUUUUUGAGUUAUGUUUCAUAUUGUCAAAAUUGAGUGUCCACUAAUUUGUUCAAAACCAGGGGCGUAGGAAGCAUCAAAAGAUUGGGGGACACCGGAAUCUAGGGGCACUUUAGGGUAUUGAAAAGGGCACCUAAAAAUUUUUUCACGGAAAUCUUGGCGACGGGGGGGGGGGAGAAAAAUUUUCCCGUCGUACCAUACCGAGAUUGCACGUUUUUGACGACAUUUUUUUAAAAAACUUGGAAAUUUCCAAACAAAAAGGGCACGUUUGAUGUUAAUUUAGUACUUACAGCGACAUUAGCUUCUACAAAAAGGGCACUUUUCAUCAUAAAAAAGGGCACUUUUAGUCCUUUGAAAGGGCCUCCGUGCCCCCCCCCCGUUCCUACGCCCCUGUUCAAAACCCAAUUAGUCGAAAAUUUUCAUAUAUCAAGCCGAAAACGGAGUUCUGCUUCUGAAAAUGGAGUUCUGGCAUUUGAAAACGGAGUUGUGGCAUUUGAAAACUGAGUUUUGGCAUUUGAAAACUGAGUUUUAGCAUUUGAAAACAGAGUUCUGGUAUUUGAAAAUGGAGUUUGGGUAUUUGAAAAUGGAGUUCUGGCAUUUGAAAACGGAGUUCUGGAAUUUGAAAACGGAGUUCUGGCAUUUGAAAAAGGAGUUUUGGCAUUUGAAAAAGGAGUUUUGGCAUUUGAAAAAGGAGUUCUGGCUUUUGAAAAUCGACCAGAUUUGGCACUUAAAAAGGGAGUUCUUGAAAUUUUCUACCUUAAUUAAGCAUGCAUAAGACCUUCUGACCAAGGUUUGCAGUUAGCCUCAGGCAUUUGCAGUUAGCGCCGCUACCUAGGAUCCCAACAUCUGACAGUUUGAUUCCUCAAUUCUUGCCAGAGGGGCUAUAUAUAGUUGCAUUUUUCGCACCUUCAGCUAGUUCGGUCUGUAAAAGUCCUUCAACUGCAUGUACAAUCAUUAUUCACUGUGGUAUAGAUUCUAAAAAAUGUGUCGAAAGUUCGAGUCCCCUCUGAUCACAGAUCAUAUCUUUCUCCAGGUUGCCCAUUGGGAUCGUACGGUCAAGAUUGUGAACUAAAAUGUCCAUGCGAGAACAGAGCUCGAUGUCAUCACGUGACUGGGAAAUGCGAAUGCGCACCUGGAUAUACAGGAGAGCUGUGUGAAAAUGGUAAGUUGGCGUUGAUGGACGAUGGUAACAUCAAAUAAAGUUGUCUUUCACUGGGGAGAACAGUUCAGUACUAAUAUAGCUAAGUUCAAAUAAAGUUAAUUUUUAUAUACCUCUUGCGGUAACUCUGGAAAAAUAGAGAUAACAUCGCUAUAGUUUACAGUUGGUGACAUAUACGGGUUUACAAUCUAAGUUAUAGCCUAGUUUUAAUUUCAGUUUUAGUUUUAGUUUUAGGCCCGGUUUUAAACAGCGUGUGAUGAGCGCACCGAACCAUGGCAUGGCCACAGGGGCGUAGGAACCGGGGGGGCCAGGGGGGCCAUGGCCCCCCCCCCCCAAGUUUUGGCAAGUGCCCUUUUUGUGCCUGAAAAUUUUUCAUAAAAUUCGCAGUUUUUGUCCAAACGAAACUUUUGAAAACUGUAAUGUAGGUUUUUUCCCGAAAAAUGUUUUAGUUUCCGAUAAAAAUAUCAUAUAUUUGUUUUUCCGGAAAAAUUUUUUAGUGUUUAAGGAAAAAUAUGGUAUGUCCGGAAAAUUUUUUUACCCCUAAAAUGGUACACUGACCGAAAUUUUUUUGGCGACGGGGGGGGGGAGGAGGUCGCCAAAAAAUUUUUUUGAGAUGCCCUUUUUUUUUUAAGUGCCCCUCAAAGCCUGCCCCCCCCCCCAAUUUUUCUAAGCUUCCUACGCCCCUGCAUGGCCAGACAUUAACAGAACGCAUAUCGGAAUAUCGGAGAGAACUAUUGUACGCAUUGCUUCCCAGAGCUAUUAAAGUAUACAUCUAUAUACAGUAAUACAGUUCUGGGUGCGAGAUUAAAUAGAAUUAAAGAACCAAUUAUCAUCUAAUUUGGUUCACUGUUGGCGCUUAAAUCAAGGACGUGCUGGUGCUCUGAUAGUAGACUGUAUUAAACAGGUCUUUAUAUUUAGUAAGUUACUGUAUAUUCUCUAUUUUUUCUGCACUUUCUGCAGUAUUGUGAAAGACCACCCUCAGCUCUAGCUACUGUCUGAGUAAGCGGAUCUUUCAAAACACUGCAAGAGCUGAAGUUGAAUACAUUGACCUUAUAAGUAAUACACAUCACAUACAUGUUUUUCAGUGAGGUCCUGCAUAAAAAAUACGAUUAUUUACAAUAUUGUCAAUAUUUAAGCCGUAUAAAUACAUAAUACAAUUAAUUUAUAAAUUAUUAAUUUAGUCCGUAUAAUAGUUCGGAAAGAAUCAAUCAUUCAGUAGUUAGUUGGAACCUUACUCUAAACAAAUUGAAAUUUGGCUUAUUUAGAGUGUCCUAAUGAUACUUUUGGAUUUGGAUGUAAGCCAUGUCAAUGUGUGAAGGAGAGAACCCGAAAAUGUGAUCGUAUUACUGGCCGGUGUGCGUGUAAACCUGGCUUCACCGAACUUUGUGAUCAAAGUAAGAUGACACGAUAACUACGCAUACCCCUAUUUCAAUACACGCUUCCAGAAAAUAUGUCACCUUGGCUACAGAGCCUCAAUUUCAUGGUUGAGAGGAUGGGCUUUAACUGAUAUCACAUACACGAAACCGAGGUUCUUUUGCCACAGUGACGUACUUCCAGAAGGGUGUAUUAGUGUUGUCAUAGUCAUUUGUACAUAUUCCAAGAUGGGUAUACGUAAUUUAAUACUUUUAGCUGUUCACGUAUCCUAUGACCAUGCUUCCUUUUUGUGUGCUGGCAACUCCCAGAUGUACAUAGUUUUCUGGAUUUGCAUUUAACGUUAACACGUACACGAAUCUAUAAAUUAGCGAAAACAGAUCGGAGCUGAAGUUUGUAAGCAAAAGGUUGUCCUACUAUUUCUGUUAAGAAAACAGUUCUCCAUCCAAGUCUGGGUUGUAAGCCUGAGAUUUCUAUAUGUUAUAUACGUUUCUAUUACGCUUAUCGAGCAUCGAUGUAUAUUUGAAUAUUGCUUGUAAAAAUAUUUAUUAUUAGCAUGACAAAAUUACUGGAUGCUGAUUGGUUGAGUGGAGUGCAAUUAUUUCACACAGUGGAAUUAAUGAUUUUCCCUAAACAAACAAAAUGGCGGAAAGGUAUUUAGAACACAAACGAAAUUGCCCUAGAGGAACUUAAAGCAAAAUAACUAAAUGAAAAUACGAACAAAAGCGCCAAAUUUUGGUUUGGCGAGAGAAUAUGAUAUUGACAUUGAGAAUUAUUAUACAUUUAAUAUGUAUUCUCGUUUCUAAUUGGUCAGAAAGCACCGGCUAAUUUUCAGUAUUCGGCAUUUAUUACAUAUUUUCCGCCGAUGACGUCAUCAGCUUCCAAUAAUUGUUUUUUUGGAUCGAACUUGCAUCCAAAAAAAAAAUUAUUGGACUCUCUCUUGCCCAAACCCUUGCGCGGCCAAAAGCUUGAACCUAUAAGCGCGCGAAAAACCCCCAAAAAACAAUGGCAUACAGCAGAUUUGCUUCGCUGAAUGAAAGUGAACUCUCCAAAUUAUUGGCAGAUAAGGAUAGUGAAAGCACGAAAAAGCCACAAAGGGGUAAAUAGAAGUAGAAAUAGAAUAUUUAGCUGACCUUUGACUUUGUGCAAGGUGUUUGAUAUUCAAAUUGUACUUUUCCUACCUCAUGAACAGGAAUCGUUUUAUACGUUUCUCAUGUCUUUAAAUGUAUAAUAAAACAAUUAUUGGAUUCGGCUUUCGCAUGAUAUCAAGAAUUAUUCAGACCUCGGUAAAAGAGAUGCAUGGAAGCUUAAAGGAAGAAAGAAUGAAAAGGCGGAUUGAUUGGAAAAAAAGGAACGAAGCACAAUUAAAGGCACGAUCGAAAAUAGUUGCCACAAAUUUGAUACCUACGAUAAGCUAGCCCAUCAUAACUGAGCACGCGUAAAUUAUGCAUUCUCGCAUAUAUAAUGAGGCGAGGAACUAAAUUAUUUCAAGAGUCGCCAAAGUGCGCAAAGUGUUUGAUUCAUUGGUAUAGAAUUUUGAGGUUAAGAAAAUUCUCAAUAAAGGUCCAACUGAAAACAAUAUUAGGUGACUCAAGAAACAUUCAGAGCAUUGAGCCUUAUUCAAAGUGGAGGAAAAUAAAAAGAACACAAAAAUUCUUGACUGCCAUGGAAUGAUUGCUCAACGAUAUGGCCAAUUUUUCUGUGCAAUUCCCAGUCGUUAAGGAAGGGAAUCGUUGGCAAUAAAGGAAAAAUGGAAGGAAAGAAGGGAAAAUAAAAUGUAUAGACGCAGUAAACUGAAUUGAAUAGAGAGUAAACAAAAGCAAUUAAAUGGUUAAGAAUGUAAAAUAACGGGCAAUGACAGAAAGCAAGAAGCGAACUAGAAUAACACGAUGAAAUUAAAUUAUAUUCAUUCUACUCCAGAAUGCGAACAUGGCUACUUUGGAGAAAAUUGUCAAGAGAGAUGCGCAUGCCCUGAUGAUGUUGAGUGUGACCAUGUAGUCGGCACGUGUUUGUACAACUGUUCAGCGGGCUUGACUGGCAAAAACUGCACAAGUUGUAAGUAUUACUAAACAAGUAAGGUAGGAAUUAAGUUGAUAUUUAUUUUACAUUCUCCAACGAUGUCAGGAUUCGAUUGUUGCGCUAUGUAGUUGCCUGCAUGGUUAUACUAUCGCCUACACACGUAAACAUUUCACAACUUCUCAACAAGAUGUGUUCGGAACAGGCUUGUAGCAAGCUUGUCAACAAAUUGUAACAAUGCUGAUUGCUAAUAUUCUAUAAAGUUGCUACAAAUUGUUGAAUUGCAAGACGAUAACAAGUCUGUCGAGCUCAACAAACUUGUAGCAAGUUGUCAACAAGCCGUUGAAAGCUUGUCAACAAGUUGGGAACAAGCAGGCGAACACAUCCUGUUGACAAGUUGUUGGAACAGCAUUGCUACAAGUCUGCUGCAGGUUUGUCACAACUUGCGCGUUUGUACGUGUGUAAGUUGCACGCUUCCAAUUUAACUACAUGAGAAUAUCUCACGACUUUAUCAAAUUUAACUUUAUCCAACCUAACGAGUUUAUUUACAUUUUAAUUACUGUCAUUAUUGAUGUAAAUAUUUCAGAUUGGGGAGGGAGGGAGGGGGGAGGGGGGCCGAAGGCGCGAGCCUUGAAAACCACAGAAAGAGUUGAUAAAACUUUGUUCAAUCCUUAAUACUUAAUUAAACCAGCAGCAUUCUGUUCUUCAUGAAAACGUAACCAGUGUCAGGACUUGACGAAACUUUACAGUGAGGUAUAAGACAUAUCAGACGAGGCCAGACUUUGAGUACAAUCAGUCGAACAGAAAAAGUGUGUUUUUAAUUAUAUUCCCAUAUAACCAUAUUAUCAUGUAUUUAUACGUCAUUUGCAUUCUAGACUGUCCUUUGGGUACAUAUGGCGUGGAAUGUAUAAAUCGCUGUCAAUGUGCUGAAGGUAUAGGAUGUCGGCCAACUGAUGGGAAAUGUCUAUGUCCACUCGGCAGGACUGGACCCACGUGUGAUGAAGGUAAUUUUCAAAUUGAUAUCGAAUGCCAACACCGCUGUCAAACGUUCGGGCAUCUACUGCUUGCAGCGAGGCUUGCAGUCAAAAGACUGGAAAUAGUAUUGUCUUCAUGAAGCUCUAGCAAAAGGUUUAAAAACAAUUACGAGGGUUUAAACUCAGGAUAACUUUGUCUUGACAAAAGGAAAAGGCGAUUAAAUUCCCUACCUUCUAGCUUCAGCCGUUACUUUAUUGUAAACGCUUUUCUUCUCCCGUAUUUACUUGUAUUAUUUUGGCAGACAUUUUCUCCGCCAUUUUCGUAGACUCGCACAUGAGCUUUACGUUUGGCAUUGGUGUUUCGAAUGCUUAGAUUGGUGUACUUCGCCCGUAUAUAUUUACUGUACUGCAGUAAACUUGACCAGAAUAUACCAACAAUAAUUUUUUGCAGUGGUUGAAACAAGCGAAACAAAUAUUGAUUGAGCGCGAACAUAGAGAGUGGUUAAAUUUUGUAUUGCCAUUAACAAAAGUGCAGUUUUUCUGUAAUUGCUAGAUCCCUCAAAUGUUGAGACAUUUUGUUUAUCCUAAUCCUGAUCCCAAUCCUAACCGUAGCCCUUAUAUAUCCAUACUCUAACGCCAAUCCUACCAUAACCCUUAACUCAACCCUAUCCAAUUCCGCAGUCAUUUAGGAUGGCAUUCUACAUGCAAUUCCGUCUUUUACAUCCACCUCUAUUUUAACGCAUUAUUGUAUAAUUAAAAAAACAUUCCCAGAAAACGUUUGUAGUUGUACAGUGGACGGAGGUUUGCCGAAGUGUCCUUUUUCUAUUGUACUUUAAAUUGUGCAUACAAUUUGCGUUUCAGAAUAGAAAACGUUGGACUCCAUAAGCAUACGUCAAGAUAUGAGGUUUUAUAAGCAUGCACAUGUUUCGGCACGCAACGGACAUUUGAUUGUCUGUAAUAUUUCUUUAUUUUCCGACCAUUUGCAUGAAUCACUGUUAUAUGGAGAUAUUCUUACCUGCAUAAUUUCAUUUCAUACUCAGAAUUAUGACUGUUAAGUUCCACUGAAAUUUGGUCAAUACAAUAAGAGCAUCUGGAAAUUACCUAUUGAAUAAAGUUCAUCUAUCUUUUUUCAUUCCUUUUUGUUAAUAAACUGGACAAUGGCCAUCUAUCUUUCCACACUUACAAUGGUUACUAUUUUGUUUCCAUCAGAGUGUCCACGUGGGACGUACGGGGAUCAUUGUGAACAGAAAUGUGAUUGUGAAGAUGAUAUCCCUUGUAAUCCAUUGAAUGGCAGGUGUCUCUGUCCUGCUGGGAAAAUUGGCCAGAGAUGCGAAAAUGGUAAGUACAUUGACAAUCUUAUGUAA